AAUAAGAUUUCUUUAUUUUCUAUCACACGUAUGAUUAUUUUUGAAUGCAUGUGCAUAUGUUCACUACAUGGCUUGGUAACUGCAGAGAUCAGAAGAAGGCAUCAGAUCUUCUGGAGGAGUUAUGGAAUUGUUGUAAGACACCAUGUGGGUGCUGGGAACUGACAUACGGUCCUCUGCAAAAGAAUAAGUGCCCUUAACAACUGAGCUAUCUCUCCAGCCCCUGUAUAACGUAUUUUUAAAGAAACAAAAGUUAUGAGAAAACAGAAUAAUUCAUGUAAAGUUGAGAUUGGUAGUUCCAUCUUGGAAAAUGGAAAAUGAGAAGUUUGGGAGGGGCACACAGGGCCCUCUAAGAUACCUGGAAUGUCUGUUUACAACCUUAACCUGGUUAUUGGAUGCAUUACAGGUUGAAUUCCUUAUUGUUUAUACUGUAGAGAUUUGAUUUGUUUACACUUUGAUUUGAAUAUAAAAUAAUAACAAUGAAAAAUAUUCUGUAGGAGCAAAAACAAGGAGGAGGGGAAUAAAACCAGAAGGUUCUGGAAAUAAUGAUGGGGCAGUGAGUGAAGCCCUGUACCUGAGUGUCCUUCCAUCUUAGAAUACUUCUGGCAGGGCCCCACUUACCCAUUGCUAUCCUGUCAUCUGCCAGGCCAGAGAACCCUGUGUCCUCAGUUCAGCUUCCAGAGGAGCCACAACCUCCCCCAUCUGUCACUGAGCUGGCCUGCUAUGCUCCAACAUUUCCAGUCACUUCACUGAUGGAGUUUUCUUGGAUGAAAUUUUCCCCAAGUUUGACCUUCACUUUAUUAAUUCCGUACUUUCAAUCACCUCAUAGACCGGCAUGAUUGGAAUUCAUAUCUAAGUCUUUUGAUAAUGCAACUGUGAGCCACAGUAAUUUUAACAAGCCACUCUUGCCUCCUGACUGUUAACUUUCCAUGAGGACUGAGUGAUUGGAACAAGGCUACUUCCUAUCCAGGGUAGCUAUGGUGAUAAUGUCUUCCCCAAUAUAGCAUGCACCCUAAUAAGCUUAUCUGGGGUCAGAGAAAAGAACAGCCACUAGAUGUAGAGGCCAGAAAAUGGUGGCACAUACGCCUUUAACCCUAUCAUUUGGGAGGAAGAGAUCUAUCUGGAUCUCUGUGAGUUUAAAGCCACACUGGAAACAGCCAGGCAUGGUGACUCACGCCUUUAAUCCCAGGAAGUGAUGGGAGAAAGCAGAAAGGUAUAUAAGGCCUGAGGACCAAGGAACUAGAGCUGGUUAAGCUUUUAGGCUUUUGAGCAGCACAGUUCAGCUGAGAGGCAUCCAGUCUGAGGAAACAGGAACAGCUGAGGAAUUGGCAAGGAGAGGUGGCUGUGGCUUGUUCUGCUUCUCUGAUCCUUUCAGCAUUCAUCCCAACACCUGGCUCCAGGUUUGUUUUUCUUAGUAAGACCUUCUAAGAUUCGUGCUACAAAUAAAUUGUAAAGAAGCCAAGAGAGCUGAAAUGAUCUGCUAUGUAUGAAUGGAGUCUCCUAAAAUGAAAGAAAACCCCUCAUAUACAUAAUUCUGAACCAGAUUUGGUGGCUCACACUUACAGUUCCAGCAUUCCAGAAGCUGAUACAGGAAGAUUGCCUGGAGGCACUGGCCAGCCUAUACUUCAAACCUUAUUUCAAACAAACAGACUCAUUCUGUCUCUGAUAAGCUGUCUUACAAAAUAAGAAGUAUAAAAUAUAUGAAAUAUAUUUCUAGUUAUGCCAAUAAGUAUUCACCAGCUAAACACAGAAAUGGUGAAACUUACAGAGAUACAACCUGAAAAUUCAAUCAAAAUAAUUUGUUUGAAUUUAUUUUAUUUCCUUAUUUCCUUAUUUAUUUGAAAACUGCAGACCUAAACUACAAUUCAUGCUUAUCAGCUUUCUGCCUCAGAGGUACAUCCAUACCCCUAAAACAUAGUAUUUAACUAAUUCCUCCAAGAGAUAGUAGGCAUGAGACAACACAGAGUAAAAACAGAAAAGCACUGAGAAGAUAGGGCACCCCACACAUUUCUCCUGAAUGAGUGAAUGAGUUGAUUAACCAGUCAGGCAUCAGCGUUCUCCACCUUUAACCAGGAAGUCAGAGGACCAGUGUGACAAUUUACCCAGCCUCCUUCACGUUCUUGGUUUCUUCAUAGCCACUAGACAACGUUUGACCAAGAGAAACAGGCAAGGGCAACGACCUGUUUGGUGAUGAGCCUGGAAAGUGAGCUUGGGAGAGCAGAGGAAGAAGAAAAAUGUCCAUCCAGCAUGUCCUGACUAUGUCCUGAGAAGCAUAUACAGUGAAUUUUCAUGAGGCCCCUUGUAUCACACUAAUCUGACAGCUUCUUCUCACCAACCAGACACAAAAGGCCAUGGUCAACCACAGCUCCCCAGCGGGCUUCCUCCUGCUGGGCUUCUCUGAACACCCACGCCUGGAAAAGAUUCUCUUUGUGGUUGUCUUGUGUUCCUACCUCCUCACACUCCUAGGAAACACACUCAUCCUCCUGCUGUCCACACUGGACCCCAGGCUCAACUCUCCAAUGUACUUCUUCCUCUCUAACCUCUCCUUCUUGGACCUCUGCUUCACCACAACCUGUGUGCCCCAGAUGCUGGUCAACCUCUGGGGACCCACAAAGACCAUCAGCUUCCUGGGAUGCUCUGUCCAGCUCUUCAUCUUCAUGCUUCUGGGGACCACCGAGUGCAUCCUCCUGACAGUGAUGGCCUUUGACCGCUAUGUGGCAGUCUGCCAGCCCCUGCACUAUGCCACCAUCAUCCACCCCCGCCUGUGCUGGCAGCUGGCAGCUGUGGCCUGGGCUAUAGGUUUGGCUCAAUCCAUAGUUCAGAUACCACCCACCCUCCGCCUGCCCUUCUGUCCGCAUAGGCAGAUAGAUGACUUUCUAUGUGAAGUUCCAUCUCUAAUUCGACUCUCCUGUGGGGAUACCACCUAUAAUGAGAUUCAGUUGGCAGUUGCAGGUGUCAUCUUUCUGCUUGUGCCUCUGGGUCUCAUCCUUGUCUCUUAUGGUGCUAUCGCCAGGGCAGUGCUGAGGACUAACACUUCAAAGGGACGCAGGAAAGCUUUCGGGACCUGCUCCUCCCACCUCAUCGUGGUCACCCUCUUCUACAGCUCAGUCAUUGCUGUCUAUCUGCAGCCCAAAAAUCCCUAUGCCCAAGAGAGGGGCAAGUUCUUUGGGCUCUUCUAUGCAGUGGGCACUCCUACACUCAACCCUCUUGUAUACACCCUGAGGAACAAGGAGGUCAAGAGAGCAUUCUGGAGGCUGCUAGGGAAGGAUAGGGACUCUGGGGAGAACUGAGGGAGAAAUACUUGUGUGCUUUCUGAAUUAAAAGAGUUUCUUCAUGAUAUGUAGGUUGUAUUCAUAUAUUUGUGCAUAUAUAUUAUGUAACAAUAAUAAUAAUAACAGAAAAAGAAGCUAUCAGCUUGAGAGGGGGAAGAUGUGUGAGGAGUUGGAGAGUGGAAUCUGGGAGGAGCUAGAGGUAGAAAAGGGAGGGGGAAAGUGAUAUAAUUCUAUUUCAAUGAAAAUAUAUUUUUGAAAAAAAAUUAAAUGUUCAGCUUCUAAGGCCCUACACCUGAGCCACUAUAGUGGGACAGUGGGAGAGGGAGGGAGGGAAAGCGAGAACAUGUGCAUUUCCUUUACAGAUCUUAAGUUCAAGCACUAUCAACUCUUGAUAUUUCUCCUCUUUUCCAUUGUAUUUUAUUGCCUUUGUUUCUAUACAUCCCCAAACUCUGCCUUGGUUGUUUCUUGAUAUAUCUUCUCUCACCAGCUGUUAUAUCUGUAUAUCUGCAUGUGCCAUGUAAGCAAAGGCUUAGGGCAUAACAAAUCUGAAAUUUGGAAAGAUUUUGAUCAUCUUACAAUGUGAGAGAAUGUGAUCAUCUAGUGAUAUCUUAAGUCUCUGCCUAUCAUCUAUCUCCUAACUCUGUCUAUCUAUCUAUCUAUCUAUCAUCAUCUGUCUAUCAUCUAUCUUUGCACCUUGGAGUCAUGAGACAUUUCCUUGAGGCCUCCCAGCUUCUGGCAGAGCAUGGGGUUUUCUGCCUCAUAACAUUAGGAUAUAGCAACAGGACAUGAGAGCUCUCUGCAACUAGAAACUGUGUCUUCACUGAUGGAGGUUGUAACUUGAAUGUGAGAUGCCCCCUAUGAGCUCAUGUGUUUGAUCAUUUGGUCCACAGGUAAUGGAACUCUUUUGGAAUAGUGUGGAACCUUUAGGAAUAGGCACCUGGCUGGAGGAAGUGGGUCACUGAGGCAGGCCUUGAGGUUUUAGAGCAUAGAUUCAGUUGCAUCCACCCUCUGCUUCCUGAUUGUGAAUCCAGUGUUGCUCUGUUGCUCAUAUCCCUGCUACCGUGCUUUUCCAUCUUGAUGGACUGCAUCCCCUCAAUCUAUGAGCCAAAAAAAACCCCUCACCCCUUAUACUGAUUCUUGUCAGGUUUUUGGUCCUAGCAACAACAAAAGUCGCUAAAACUGAAACAGGAUUGACAGACUGAGAAAAUGGAGGGACAUGGAAAAGAAAGUAGCCCCUACCUCAGAAUCUUGUUUAAGCCUUUACCAGCUGAGAAUCCAGAAUUGGAGUACAGUUAACAUUUGUUAUGAAGGUUGCCUACAUAAAGGCACCAUUCUUUAAUAUAGAGAAGUUUCCAAUAAGAAUGUUAAAAUAAUGAAUCAUGGCUUAAGCGUGUACUACUUUCAGGAAUGACCUCUUUCCUCUCCCAACUAUAAACCUGCAAUUUUCUAAGACUCACACAAGAACCUCCAGUUAUCAUAAAAGACAUGUCUUAGGCCCUAUACAACCCUUGUCACCUAUGGUUUCAUCUGAUCAGGUUGUAUUCCCACCCAAGACACCUCAGGAGCUACCGUAUAAUCUCAUUGACCAAAUGCUGGUGGCCAUUUCAGAGGAGCAGCAGGCGGCAAUUGGAGUUCAAGGUGUCAGCCCACCAGGAGAAAAAUCCCUGAUGGGUGAAUCUCAGACAGACAAGGCCCCAAGACCACAGACUCCAGAAUGUCUUUUGCUUCUGCUGUGCCUUUACAUGUUUGUGUCUGCCAUCUUCCUCUGGUGUCUAGCAUGGUGUGAAUGGGUGUGGGAGAUCCCUACUGCCUGUAAUAUAGUGUGUUUAUACCAUGGAAACAUCAUGUUCUACUGGGCAUUUUUACCUGCGGACUAUUAUGAAGAGGAUUUCUUCCUAAGCUGUAUUGUCUAAUUGAUAAUAAUAAUGUUAGUUUAUAGAGUUUUGAUGAUUAAAAAUAAAACAAGGAAGUGUCACACAGCUAGAACACAUGAGUUUCUAUUGAGGAGUCACAUAGACUGUGGCUUAGGUUAAUGAUUAAGAAAAACA